UAUUCAAUUCAACCUCUUCCCCACCACCUCUCUUAUAAAUAUAUUCACUCUCCACCCCCACCACCUCUUCUUGUUUUUUAUAUGUUCUUCCUCUAAAUCAUUCAUUCUCCAGAGAGAGAAGAGAACCCAUUUCGGAGUUUUCUUGUUUGUGUUGGUUAAGGUUUAAGACAGAAGAAAGGCUUGGUUUUGGUUGAAUGGCUAUACAAGCGCAGUUAUAUUCAGAGAAUAAUAAUGUUGGGUUUGGUUUUGGCUUUGCAUUGUGCGGUUCAUCACAAGAUUGGAUGAUGGAGAAUGGUAAUGGUAAUGGCUGUUGUGGUGUUGGUAACGGUGGGUUUAAUCAGUUUUGUUUCGAAACACAACAAAAGCAACUGCAACAACAACACUUUUAUCAGUUACAAAAUCAGCAGCAUCAGAGAAAUAAUCUUACUACUUCUCAAAGUUUGUGUUUUGACAUCAAUUCUGCAAAUUUCUUGAAGAAUAGUAGUAACUCCAACACCAACACUUACCAUCAUCAUCAAUCAAUGCCAUUUUCUCAAACUAUGGCUCUUCAGGUUGAGAAGCAAAGACAAGAGAUUGAUCACUAUAUCAGAUCACAGAAUGAAAGAUUGAGAAUGGUGUUACAAGAGCAAAGAAAGCAACAACUCGGGAUGCUGCUGAAGAAACUAGAGGUAAAGGCUUCAACUUUAUUGAGACAAAAAGAUGAAGAGAUAGCAAAAGCAACAAACAGAGCAAUGGAGCUGGAGAUUUUGUUGAAGAAAUUAGAGACAGAGAGCCAAGCGUGGCAAAGAAUAGCUCAAGAGAACGAAUCAAUGGUUUAUUCACUCAACAACACGAUUGAACAGCUCAGAGAAAAGGGUUCUUGUUGCUUUAACAAUGGAGUCGAAGAUGCAGAGUCUUGCUGUGAUUUACCGGAACGAGAAGAAGAAGAAGAAGCAGAGCGAAACAGAGCUGGAAAUUGCAUUGAUUGUGGUGAAAAUAAAGACGAAAGAACAAAAAAUAUGAUGAUGAUGGUGAACGUUUGCAAAGGCUGUAAUUCUGGGGAUUCGUGCGUUUUGUUCCUUCCUUGUAGGCACCUUUGUUCAUGCAAAAAUUGCGAGGCGUUUCUUGAAUCUUGCCCCGUUUGUUUAACGCCAAAGAAGGCUAGUAUAGAGGCCUUAAUUUUCUAGGAAAAUAUUUUCCAGGAAAAUGAGUUUGAUCAUUUUCAGUAAAAAAGAUCUUGUUAGACUUUUUGGUUUUUUUAUAUUUCAUUUGUUAUUACUGAAAACAUGAAAGAAAAUUGAACAGAAUAGACUAAUCCCUACUGUGAAUGUACAUUUUUUUCUUUUCUUUUGUUUUAAAAAUUAUAUUCUUCCUUUAUUGGUGUCUCCAUUUAUGUUGAUUUGAUCUUAGAUUUGAGAUUUGAUUAAACGUUUCAGAUUUUUCCCCAAUAACUUUGGCUUUUUUGGUGUUGGAGGAAGCAAGCAAUUCCAACAGUGACAGGAGGGAUUGAAAGGAAAGCAAUGCCAGAAUCAACAUGUUUUAUGACUCUGUUUCCUAGUCUGGACUCUAGCAGCUCAAUAAAGAGAUUUUAUUAAUUAAUGGGAUUAUUUUGUUCUUUAAAUUCUGAAUUAAUUUUUUCCGAUUCUGCAAAUUUCAGAAGGAAGUUACAUCAGUUUGGCAACAGAUACCCACCAUAAUUGUUUGCAUUAAAAUACUAAAUUUGCCUCCUUCCCUUCCUGCAACUCUCUUUUAUUUUCCCAAAUUCCAAUACCUUCCUCAACUGUACAUUCAUUGUUUUACCCAGUGGGUAAUUCACGGAACUUA